AUGAUAUCGGAGCUGAAAAGCUCCCUUGUUGAGAAGGAUUUCGAGCUCAGCUCUUAUGCUGCUGAUUUAGCUAGUCGAAAAGAUGCCUUCGUCCGUCUUGAGAGCAAGAAUGUUGACAUCUCCCUUAGCUAUGACAAGCUCCUGGCUAGAUUUCGCGUCUACCACAAGUCUGCUGAAAAAUCCAAGUCUGAAGCUACCAUAGACGCGUACAAGUUGGGCUACAUGCACUGUGCAGAUGAGAUUGCUCCCUUUUAUGCAAUUGAAGAUGUAGACAUCGAGACGCUCUGCCCUGACUUGUUCCCUAUGCACGGAGGAACUGAAGAGCAGGCAGUUAGAAAGGAUGGAGUAGAGGAGGAUGCAGUAAAUGAGAUGAUGGCAGAUGUCGCGGAGCAGGCAGGUGGAGCUGUUGAAGGCAUGGUUGAUCUGGUGGAUGCUGAAGAUGCUGCAGAUCAAGGGCCUUAUGCUCGCAUCUCGGAGUAG